UUACCUCCGACUCGCCAGUCCCCUCUUUUAUGCUAUACUUCGGAAAGACCACCUGAGAGCUUACAGGAUGAUGAUGGCUCCAACAUGUCUGAGUUUGAUCUUCAUACACCACAAUCAGAACGUCGGACAGCUAGUCCCCGAGGAGAGUACAACGAGAAUGAUAUACCAGGACUUGUGACAGACCCAAGCAAUGAGAAAGACGAUACCAAUAAAAUACAGGAGCAAAAACCAGAAGAGGAAGACACAACUGAGAAAAUCCAUGUACCGCCAUUAUUGAAUUUACCCAAAGAAGACGCGCAAGAGCAGAAAGAUGAAUUUAAUCCUCGAGAACAAGUCUUCCUGAAUGAAAACGUGCAGCUGUUGCAGCUUCCGAAUACCACAUGCAGCAAACCAGACAUCCACGAAAGUGAACCGCUUACUGAAAGCAUUCCUGAUAAACACGACGAACAAGAACCAGUCGAAGAAAAUUAUCCUCAACCUCAAAAACCCGACGAACAGGUUCCAGUCGAAGAUAAAGACCCAGAACCGGCAGAAAUGGGGAAUCCUAAUGGUAGCGAAGAUCCGACGAUUAAGACAGAGGAAAAUGAUGAAAACUACUCUGAUCAAAAACAAGACGAACACAAUGAAUCAAAACCGGAUGGAAACCAACAAAUAACAGACGAAAACGAACCAAAAACAGAAAGUGAUGAUUCGCACAGUGAUGAAGCCCCAAAAGUAGAUGAAAACAAAUUGAACUCAGACCAAAAAGACGGGAAAAACACAAUAGGUGAAAAAGAACCAGACUCAAACGCAAUAGACCUUUCAGACAAAAAUGAAGAACAAAACCAAGAUAACGAUAAACCACAAGAUGAGAACGUAGACGGAGUGUCAGAUAAAAACGAACCAAAACCAGAAGAUGAAGACAAAAAGGACGAGCAAACCCCAGUAGACAAAAAGGAACCAGAAUCAAACGAAAUGAAAAACGAAUUUUCAGACGAAAAUGAAAAACAAAACCAAGAUAACGAUAAACCACAAGAUGAGAACGAAGACGUAGAGUCGGAUAAAAACAAACCAAAACCAGAAAAUGAAGAGCAGCAAGCAAAAGCAGACAAUGACGACGCCCCAAAAUCAGAUGACAAUGAACAAAAUUCAGACGAAAAGGAAUCAAAUUUUGAAGGAAAAUCCGAGAAAAAGCCAGGUGGUGGCGAAGAACAACCUGAAUCAAAAAAAGUAGAAGAAAAUGCAGAAAAAAAAGAAGAAAAAACACCAGAUGACAGAGAAGAACCAAAGUUAGAACCAGAUGAAAAAGGAGAACCAGAAAAAGACAACAAAGAAGAAAUUAAAUCAGACGGAAAGAGUCGUAACCCAGAAAGCAAAACUAAAGAAGAGAAUAGAAGGAAACGAAUAAAAGCUUGUUUGGCGAGGGCGAGAGCUGUGAGCCCGUUCUCCGUUCCAAUGACACGCGAAGAACCGCUUUUGCCAGGAUUUAGUAGACUGUCAAAGAAAUGAAACAACAAUAAUACUACUAUACUAUUACUAAACUAAUACUACUGUUACUAGACCUAUACUACUAAUGCAUAUAUAACAUAUUGUACUAUCAUCGAGAUUAUUGUAUUAUUAUUAUUAUUAUUAUUAUUAUUAUUAUUAUUAUAUUAAUGUUAUUGUUAUUUUUCAAAUAGAAUAUUGACAAUCGGUGAGUUUGGACACAUCUCAUCGGCGCCUUGUAUGUAGUUGAUAUAGUUGGACAAUAGUAUUAUGAUAACUAUUGUUAUUGAUAAUAUUUUAUUUUUAAUUUCUAAAAUUAUAGUAGUCUAUCAAUCGGUGAGUUCGGAACAUAACUCACCGGCGGCCAUGUGUGUAGAUGAUCAUAUAAUUUAAAUAGUAUCCGACGACUCGGUUAACAGAAUGUACGGUACCGUAUUGAA